UCUUCUGACCCCCUGACAUACCUGUUGACGCCCCAGAUUGUCAGGAGAAGUGAAUUGCUUUUGGUGCUCUGCUCCCACCGUUUUGUGCAAAAUUAAAAAAAAAAAUGUCAAAGAUUGAUGAGGCGCUCAUCCGGAAGGAGUGCCUCCAUCCGGGGAAUGCUUUUGUGGAGAUGAAACCUGGAACAAGGGUGCGCUUCCACUACCAGACAAAGAGAUGCUCCGACGGGAAGAUGAUUGAUGAUAGUCGCAAGGAUAAGCCCAUGGAACUUGUGCUGGGGAAGCAAUUUAAGCUGGAAGUGUGGGAGGUUAUUGUCCAGAAGAUGGCUGUCAGUGAAGUGGCCAGAUUCACCGUGGACAAGAGUCUCGUGCCACAGUAUCCAUUUGUUGCCAAAACCAUUAGGGAUGCUCGGAAGCCACAGGAGAAGCGGAAGCACUGCUGCGGGAUGACAUUGCAGAAUGAAGGACUCGGCUAUGAGGAUCUCGAUGAUUUAUUCAAGAAUCCCUCUGAUUUGGAAUUCACCUUUGAACUGCUCUCCGUUGAGCUACCCGAGGACUACGAGAGGGAAUCGUGGCAACUCAAUGAGGACGAGAAGGUGGAAAGUGUGGCAGUUCUGCGGGAAAAGGGCAAUCAAUUCUACAAAGAGGGGAACAUGAAUCAAGCCAUGACAGCUUACACGCAAGCCCUGGGAAUGCUAGAACAGCUAAUGCUGCGCGAGAAGCCGGAAGAUGAUGAAUGGAUGGAGUUGUUUAACAAGAAGAAACCCCUCCUACUCAACUAUUCCCAGUGCAAACUCAACACCAAGGACUACUAUCCUGCCAUAGAGUACUGCACUGAGGUGCUAAAGUACGAUCCGGACAAUGUCAAGGCACUCUUCAGGCGAGCCAAAGCAAAUCUCGGUGCGUGGAAUUUAGAAGAAGCCAGAGAGGACUUCAGACGUGCCGCUGAAUUGGAACGAGGGCUCAAAUCCACCGUGGCCAAAGAAUUCAAGAAAAUUGAUGAGCUUCAGAAGAAUCGCGAUGAAAUGGACAAGGAGCGAUUUAAAAAUUUAUUUCAUUGAAUGAUUCUCGGUGCUAUUUUCCAAAAUUAAUUUAUGUAAAUGUAUAUUAAACUAGUCAGCACA